UGCUCAACCACUGAGCUACCCAGGUGCCCCUGUAGUGUCACUUCUGAGGGGAAUAAAUAAUUGCUGAAAAUGGAAAUCCUCAAGAACACAUCUUCACUUCACCUUGACAAUGAAUGACAUACAAAACUACUCGACUCACUUGGGAUCCAUUGAAGGCAAUAUGACACCAUCUGCUGACAACUGUCUGUGGAUAGCUUGAGUACAAGGUAAACAUAUAUUAAGAUACAGAAAUUCUGAGGUUGUAUGUUAGCAGAGAAUAAUCAGGUCUUUCUGACUGAUACAGGCUCAUGGCACAUAGUUGACUUACCCAAGGUCACACGGCCACAAAAUGUCAAUGUCCUCCUCUAAGCCUCAUCAGCGCUGAGGUCACUGUUCCUCCCACCAGGUCUCAGCUUGCUUCAUAGUUCAUUGCUUCAAAAAUAAACAGUAUUUCCCCUGGAGGCAGAAUAUAAACCUAAGUGUGAUCUGUCUAAUCUGAGUCUAAUAUUCUUUAUUUGGUGAAAAAUGUUUGAUGUUUUUACUUAUUUCAUAACUAGACCAAGCAGCCUAUACUUAAUUUCUUUCACUAUAUGAAGUUGAGAAUUCUAAAUAACAGUCCCCCCCUCUGGUGCAGGCAGAAAAAUACUUCUCACCUCAAAUAAUCAAUUUGUCGUUCAGAUAAUAAGUAGCAAUUAAGUGACAAGAACCUCAACACCACCCAGGGUGUGACAUUGUGUUUUGAGAGCUUUUCAGAGCCAACACUGACUCUGGGUGACCUCACAGGAAAGGUGGAGAAACCAAGCAGUGGCAUAUAAACAUGACCCCUUUCCUAGGAUAUGGUUCACAAAGCUGGUGUGACAGCCCUGAGAGCCUCUGUAUCAUAGCCAUCUCCACCAUGAAGGUCACUGGGGGGCUUCUUCUGCUCUGUGCAGCAACUCAUUUCUUCAGCAGCUCAGAAGCUGCUAGUCUGCCUUUAACCACAGUGGACUGCAGUAUUUACAAGAAGUACCCAGUGGUGGCCAUCCCCUGCCCCAUCACAUACCUGCCUGUUUGUGGUUCUGACUACAUUACCUAUGGGAAUGAAUGUCACCUGUGCAUUGAGAACUUGAAAAGUAAUGGAAAAGUCCAGUUUCUUCAUGAAGGAAGCUGUUAACUUCUCCACAGACAUGGGUACUGCAGUGAUAAUCUUCACUGUCAUCUUCAUCAUCCCUGGGCUCUGAUUGCCUUUUCCCUCAUCCUGGCCAGUGCUCUGGGGUAGGAGUGGAGACAGAUCCAGAGGCAUCUUUGUUGAGUCAAGAAAGUUGACAUGGUCUUCCUCAAACUCAUGCCUUAUUGACUUCCUGGGUUCUUUUUGUACUUCAAUAAAAAAAAA